AAAUACGGCAGACUUUUAUUUUAUUUGUGAAGUGUCGUAAAUUUGGAGUGACGCGUUCCUUUACGGCACUGGUUUUCACCGCACCGUCUGGGAGUAGUCGUACGUCUUUGAAUCAAUACGAAUUUGUACUCCAGCAAAGGCAAUGGCAAAGUUCCAUGCACCUGUGAUUCAAGACAACCCAUCAGGAUGGGGUCCUUGUGCUGUUCCUGAGAAGUUUAAAGACAUGCCCUACCAGCCUUUCAGUAAGGGAGACCGACUGGGAAAGGUAGCAGACUGGACUGGUGCAACAUACCAAGAUAAGAGAUACACAAAUAAAUACUCAUCUCAGUUUGGAGGCGGCAGUCAGUAUGCUUAUUUCCAUGAGGAGGAUGAGACCAGCUUCCAGUUGGUGGAUACUGCUAAGACUCAGAAGACCGCCUAUCAGAGGAACCGUAUGCGCUUCGCUCAGAGGAAUCUUCGGAGAGACAAAGAUCGCAGGACUCUUACUCAGUUCAACAUGCAGACCCUGCCUAAGAGCGCCAAGCAGAAGGAAAGGGACCGUAUGCGCUUGCAGAAGAAAUUCCAGAAGCAAUUUGGAGUCAGAAAUAAGUGGCUUCAGGCGCAGCUCAAACCCAGGGACUCUUCUGUGGAGGUGCGCAGUGACUGGGAGGUGAAGGAGGAGAUGGACUUCCCCAGGCUCAUGAAAAUGAGAUACAUGGAUGUGGCCGACCCCGCUGACAUUGAGUGCUGUGGGGCUCUUGAGCACUACGACAAGGCUUUCGAUCGCGUCACCACACGCAAUGAAAAACAACUCAAGAGCAUCAAGAGGAUCUUCCACACCGUUACCACCACUGAUGACCCUGUGAUCCGCAAGUUGGCAAAAACCCAGGGCAAUGUGUUUGCCACUGAUGCCAUCCUGGCAACCCUGAUGUGCUGCACACGCUCAGUGAACUCCUGGGAUAUCAUUGUUCAGCGUGUGGGCAACAAGCUCUUUUUUGACAAGAGAGACAACUCUGAUUUUGACCUGCUUACUGUGAGUGAGACUGCGAAUGAGCCGCCUCAGGACGAGGGCAGUUCCCUCAACUCCCCCCGAAACCUGGCCAUGGAGGCCACCUACAUCAACCACAACUUCAGCCAGCAGUGCCUCAGAAUGGGAGGAGAGAGGUACAAGUUCCCCAAUCCUAACCCAUUUGUUGAGGAGGACACGGAGAAGAGUGAGGUGGCUUCUGUUGCCUACAGGUACCGGAGGUGGAAGCUCGGGGAUGACAUUGACCUCAUCGUGCGCUGUGAGCAUGAUGGAGUGAUGACUGGUGCAAACGGAGAAGUCUCUUUCAUCAAUGUCAAGGCCCUGAAUGAGUGGGACUCCAGAUACUGCAAUGGAGUGGACUGGAGACAGAAACUGGAUUCCCAGAGAGGAGCAGUUCUGGCCACAGAGCUGAAGAACAACAGUUACAAAUUGGCCCGCUGGACCUGCUGUGCCAUUCUCGCAGGAUCUGAGUACCUCAAAUUAGGGUACGUCUCCCGUUAUCAUGUCAAGGACUCAUCUAGGCACGUCAUCUUGGGCACACAGCAGUUCAAGCCCAACGAGUUUGCCAGCCAAAUUAACCUGAGCAUGGAGAACGCCUGGGGCAUCCUGCGUUGCGUGAUCGACAUCUGUCGCAAGCUGGAGGAGGGCAAAUACCUCAUCCUCAAAGACCCUAAUAAGCAAGUAAUCAGGGUGUACAGCUUGCCUGAUGGAACCUUCAGCUCGGAUGAAGAUGAAGAGGAGGAUGAUGAGGACGAGGAAGAAGACGAAGAGGAUGAAGACAAUUAAGGUGUCAUUAACUUCCACAGCUGUCGGUAUUAUGUGUUUCAGUGCUGUCAGAGCUGAAUAAAGAUAAUUGAUUAUUCAUUCACUGUGGUGAUGUGUCUGUCUAAUAAAGAGCACAUUCAGGUUUGA